UUAGAUUUAGGAUGUUCUCUCACCUCUGCUGGAUUGUGUGGCCUCCGUUUAUGGUGUGUUCAACUCAACUGCAAACAUGAGCCACCAGUGCCACUCCUUUGUGAUCUUCCCAAUGACUCUUCUUCCCAAUGACUCCUCUCCCCUCUUCUUCCUCCCCUCCACUUGUUCCGGUGCUUCCUCUCCGCUUCGCAAGCACAGGUGAAGAGGUGCACCAGCGAGAGCAGCACAACAAGUCAUGUCAAUCGCUACUGUCACCAAUCCAUCUCUCUGUUCAUCCCCUUCCCUUUUCAGAGCACAGCCUACCAGGAGAAGUCCACCCUCCUUUCUCCUCCCCCACUUCUCCUGCACCAGAUCCUAUAAGCAUAGAGGCCUUGUUGCUAGAGCGGAUUCUUCUUCUUCUUCUUCUUCUUCUUCUUCUUCAGCUAUUGAGUCUCAGCCAUCGAAGUCGGACGGUGGGGAGGACGGAGCAGGAGAAGGUGAGGAGUACGAGGUUGAAUUGGAGAAGCCAUAUGGGCUAAAGUUCGUGAAGGGACGUGAUGGAGGCACCUACAUCGAUGCGAUAGCACCCGGUAGCGCCGCCGAUAGGUCGGGGAUGUUCACUGUGGGAGACAGAGUAAUUGCCACAAGUGCUGUGUUUGGCACCGAAAUAUGGCCGGCUGCUGAGUACGGGAGAACGAUGUACACCAUCCGGCAGCGAAUCGGUCCCUUGCUCAUGAAAAUGCAGAAGAGAGAUGGAAAGUUGCCUGAUGCUGGUGAACUGACGGAGAAAGAAAUUAUAAGAGCUGAGAGGAAUGCUGGGUUUAUUAGCGACAGAGUGAGGCAAAUUCAAAUGCAAAAUUACUUGCGGAAGAAGGAACAAAAAGAACGCAGGCAGAAUGAUCUUCGAGAAGGAUUAAAGCUUUACAAGAAUGGGAAGUAUGAAGAAGCUUUGGAAAAGUUUGAGUCUGUGCUGGGCUCAAAACCUGAGGCAGAUGAAUCUUCAAUAGCAAGCUACAAUGUGGCGUGCUGUUAUUCCAAGCUUAAUCAGAUUCAAGCUGGUAUUUCGGCACUAGAAGAUGCACUGGUAGCAGGAUACGAUGAUUUCAAGACUAUACGCAAUGAUCCUGAUCUGGCCAACGUACGUGCUUCGGAGGAAUUUGAACCCCUAAUGAAGAAGUUUGAUGAGUCCUUCAUCAAUGAGAAUGCCAUCAAUGCUAUCAAAUCUCUUUUUGGAAUAUUCAACAAAGACUAAGCAUCUUUUGUUCUCCACAAGACCAGCAAUUGUGUCACUCAAUUCCUGAUUAUUUGGAGCCUUGAAAUGCUCUCAAGAUCUUGGGAAUUGGAUUAAAAAAUUGCAAUACCAGCUGCUUUUUUUCUUUUUUUCCUAUGAUAUAUGGAAUGAUUAUUGUAUAGCUUACUUGUCCUUCCAUUGUAAUGUUAAUUUUUCAGAUAUAUGAUUGAAAUCAUCCUUAGUUUUAUUUGGAUUAAAAGGAGAACCUUCUUUAUCUUCA